AGUGGAUUGCGCAGCUGUCUUUUUUACUUUAUGUAUGUAUGUGUGUGUGUGUGUGUGUGUCAGAUACCGUCUUUCAACAAUUUCGCUUACGUGAAUCUCCGCCAUAGUAUUCGGUUAUUUUUGUUUCUAAUCAGGGAAAGGGAUAGAAGGUAUUCAACGGUCUAAUACGCCUCAGCUGUCCUUUUUUUAUUUUACGCACCCCACAUCAUCUCGACGCAUUCAGCCAUCCAAGCAUCGCAACCUCUGUUUCACUGUCCCACUGAGGCUUUAGAAGACCACAUCCUCACGCAGGCAAACACACCCAUGACGUCCUUUGAGCCGAUGGAGUCUUCCGCUCUCCCCGUCCCCGACGAGCCGAAAAACGUAACGUUGAAGGAAGCGAUCGAUCGGGAUGGCGUCCCUCCCGCACCCAGCUCGAAGCAGCGCCGGCUGAUGGACGUGCACGUGACUGCCUACCCGAGUUUAGUCAACACAAGCAUGCUGCCCAACCACAAGACCGCCGUGAAGGACUUCUCCUCGAUUGAUCCGCUCAAGUACCGCAAGGAGCACGCGAUUCGCAACAACAACGCAGCCAGCUACUCGGAAAAGGAGGACAACGUGCUGGACAUGCUCUCCACCAACCAAUUUGCCAACCGCAUGACUCAAAUCGGCGUGCAGAUGCGUGCGGAUCGCAUCGAGAACCCGGACAGCGUGCCGGCCGCAAAAAGCUUCCACCCACGCGGCUACCACAGCCGCUUCCUCCACCCGCCGUUUGACGAGCGAUCCACUUACCGCUGGGACUACUGCCAGGAGGACGUGGAGGGCCUUCACGACACGGCACGCCGCUCCCAGCUGGCCACGUACCGCGACGAGUGGACGGAGAAUGAGAAGAGCGACGUGGACGCGUCGAUGAAGGUGCCGUACCUGACGCAGCCGGUGUCGUCGGACCGGCUGAUGGACAAGGCCACGGUGUACCGCAAGGACUUCAUGCCCGAGGCAACGCAUGAGGAGUUCCGUCUGCUGACGCACAAGACGGACCUCGGAGACCUCGGCACCACCUUCGCCUACUCCGGUUACGGCGUCGAUGACCCGCGCCGCCAGGUGCCCUUUGACGCCGCCGUUGCGUCCACAAAGGGCAUGCACAGCGUCGUGGAGAAGUCCUUCAGCCCACGAGCGACGUACGCGGCAAAGAAAGCUGUGGUUGCGCCGUCGGCCAAGGAAGAGCUGGAGCAGCUGCGUGCCAUGCAGCGGGAAACGAUGCGACGCACAGUGUCCAAUAACCAUGCUUCCUGUACGGCGGCGCGUGCAAUGAUGGGCAGUACCGAGCGCGCCUUAUCAGGGAGCACCGACUCUAAGGCCACUCCGGUUGUCAUACCAGGUCUCAAAGGCACUGGGUACCGGCGGGCGCCGAAGGACAACGACGACUACGUGUGUCUGCCGCGCGAUCACUUUCGCUAUCAGGUUGUGGACAACUUUUAA